CACAGGCAGACCCUCCAAGUCCACCUGCAGCAUCCGCAGGAUCAAGUGAUGAGGAUUCUGGUCGCCAAGAGGAAAGGCUGUCGUGUGUGGCUCGCGCCGAGCGUUUGGCGCAAGCCGGAGGGUCGUGCUGGCGGGUGGGCUCCAGCCGUAGGCCCCGGGGGACCCAGGGCGAGGCGGGGCGCUCCCCGCGGCGGGACACGUGCGUCCACGGCGCCCCCGACCGCCAGGCGUCCCCGCGCUGGCCGAGGGCGGGGCAGCCGCGCGGCGCUCCCCUCCUCUCCUCCUCCAGCCCGGCCUCCGGUCGACCGCCGCACUCGGCCCUGGGCUCGCUGCGAGCUGCCGGCCGAGCCAUGGGCUGCGACGGCCGGGUGUCGGGGCUGCUCCGCCGCAACCUGCAGCCCACGCUCACCUACUGGAGCGUCUUCUUCAGCUUCGGCCUGUGCAUCGCCUUCCUGGGGCCCACCCUGCUGGACCUGCGCUGCCAAACGCACAGCUCGCUGCCCCAGAUCUCCUGGGUCUUCUUCUCGCAGCAGCUCUGCCUCCUGCUGGGCAGCGCCCUCGGGGGCGUCUUCAAGAGGACCCUGGCCCAAUCGUUAUGGGCCCUCUUCACCUCUACCCUGGCCAUCUCCCUGGUAUUCGCUGUCAUCCCCUUCUGCCACGAUGUGAAAGUACUGGCCUCGGUCAUAGCGCUGGCGGGCCUCGCCAUGGGCUGCAUCGACACCGUGGCCAACAUGCAGCUGGUGAGGAUAUACCAGAAGGACUCGGCCUUCUUCCUUCAGGUCCUCCAUUUCUUCGUCGGCUUUGGUGCUCUGCUGAGCCCCCUGAUUGCCGAUCCCUUCCUGUCAGAGGCCAACUGCUUUCCUGCUAAUAGCACAGCCAAUGCCACCUCCAGAAGACACCUGUUCCAUGCGUCCCGGGUCCUGGGCCAACAUCAUGCAGCAACCCAGCCAUGGUCAAACCAGACGCUCCCCAGGCCAUCCCCAAAGGAUUCGACAGAGAACCACGUAUCCUAUGCCUUCUGGAUCAUGGCUCUCAUUAAUCUCCCGGUGCCCCUGGCUGUUCUGUUACUGCUGUCCAAGGAGCGGCUGCUGACCUGCCCCCAGCGGAACCCACUGCUCCUGUCUGCAGACGAGCUUGCCCUGGAGACCCGGCCGGCUGAGAAGGAAGACACCCCCUCGCUGGCCCCCAAGUUUCAGCCACACCCAGGGCAGGAGGACCUGUUCGGCUGCUGUCAGAGGAAGAACUUCCGGGGAGUCCCGUACUCCUUCUUUGCUAUCCACAUCACAGCCGCUCUGGUCCUGUUCAUGACAGACGGGAUGAUGGGUGCUUACUCCGCCUUUGUGUACAGCUAUGCUGUGGAGAAGCCAUUGUCUGUCGGACACAAGAUGGCUGGUUACCUCCCCAGCCUCUUUUGGGGCUUCAUCACCCUGGGUCGGCUCAUCUCCAUCCCUGUGUCCUCCAGAAUGAGGCCAGCCACCAUGGUGUUCAUCAAUGUGGUGGGAGUGGUGGUGACAUUCCUGCUGCUUCUUAUUUUCUCCUACAACGUCAUCUUCCUGUUCGUGGGGACCGCAAGCCUGGGGCUGUUCCUGAGUAGCACCUUCCCCAGCAUGCUGGCCUACACUGAGGACAUCCUCCAAUACAAAGGCUGUGCAACUACAGUGCUGGUGACUGGGGCAGGAAUUGGCGAGAUGGUCCUGCAGAUGCUGGUUGGUUUGAUCUUCCAGGCCCAGGGCAGUUACAGUUUCCUGGUCUGUGGUGUGAUCUUUGGCUGCCUGGCUUUUAUCUUCUACAUCUUGCUCCUGUUUUCCCACAGGAUACACCCUGAACUCUCAUCAGUUCUUACCCAAGACAAACCCCUUGGUAUGGAGAACUCUGAGAGCUACCAGAGGUGAAGACCUCAGCCUCCUGAGC